UCAGCCGAGACUGUCACAACUCUUUCGCACAGAUAUACACUGACACGGGACUUACACAUCCUCAUUUAUUUUCUGUCAGGAGUUUAAUGGAUCAUUUAAAACGCGCAAAAUAAGGGAUUUAGGUCGGCUCUCAAAUUGAUUUGAAGGCGAGGAGCGCGGAGAGGAAUGAAAAGACACCAAGGCGAUAAAUAGAAGCUCUGGAGCAGAUGGGGAGAACGUAAAGAUACGGACUCUUCAAUAAAGAAGUUAAAACGGACUCCUUGAUUGGAGGAAGACACAUAUAAAAGACGCUUGAUUUCCUGAAACAAUCCGUUGGUUUCAGAACUUGGACAGCUCCCUCGUGGAGCCGCCUACACACAGCAUUAAACAGGCUGUUUGAGGAUUCGUCGAAACUACUUCAGAAACCCGUUCGGCUCUUUUUGGUUUUUCACCAAAAACCCCCUUGAGACCAUGGCUGGCGUACUUCUGGGAGAAAAGCAGCUUUUUGAGAAGUUCUGGAAGGGCACGUUUAAAGCGGUGGCGAUGCCGAGACCCGAGAGCAUCAUCGUCGCCAGCAUCACCGCGCGGAGAGCCGUCACAAAAUUGGAGACUCCAGUCUGCCUCAAAGAUGACGAGGAGAAAGUGAAAGUGAAGGAUUUGGUCACGAAAACUCACGAGAAAAAUGGACAUAUAAAGCGAAGAGGACGUAAACGCCACAGUCACCGGCGAGCUCGCAGUGUCUCUUUUGAUGCCGAUCUUUCCCCUCGGCCGGUGCCUAAAACGAAGAAAAAGAAGAAGAAAUCACAGAGGAAGAGGAGGAGACACAGAUCUCCCUCCUGCAGCCCGUCACCCGUGAGGAAGAAGAAGAAAAAGAAGAGCUCAAAGAAAAGGAAGCGACAUAGGUCUGCCUCAAGGAAGGGAAGACACAGUGGCUCGAGCUCCAGACGUAAAAGGAAGGAGGACAAAAAACAUAAAAAGAGGUCAAGGAGUCACUCUCAUCGCAGACACCGGCACCGGAAAGCAGAAAUUAGGAGCUCUUCCUGCAUGGAAAACAGAUCUGAAGACUGUGAAAAAUCGGGUUUCAGAGACGGCGGUCAUUCAUCAGAUGUCCACGGAGGCGACGCAUGCAGGUCGGCAGUCAAGCUGACCAAUAAAAUCUCCUCUAAGUGCUGCUGCCACUUUUCUGAAAGCACAGUUUCUCCGUCACGUUCUGGGGUUGAGGGUUUAAGCAAAGUGGUGAUCGUCCAGAAUUCAGAAUCCAGUAAUGGCAAAAGACGUGCUGAUUACGAUUCAGGAAAUGACACCUCUUCUCCGCCAUCCAGUAAAACUGGCAUCACGAGGUCAAAGGUUGCCGGAAAUGGAAAGUUCUCAUGUCAGACGUCUCCUGAGAAGCUGAGACUCGCUGAUGGAGACAAUGCUUCAGAUUCAGGCAACUCUCUGACCAGCUAUGACUCUCUGGGUAAGCCAGUGCUCAGAGAAAACACCCUGCACAGCUCUGUCUUCAGCAAGCUUAAAGGCGAAGAAUCAGGCAGGUUCUGUGUGGAUGUAGAGAAGACACAGCCUCUGGGUCUCAUCAGCGAUAGGAAUCGGAGUUCGUCGUAUGACAGAUAUGAGGACGGAACGAGGUCCCGCAGCAGAAGCAUAUCAUCCCAAAGCAGAUACUCAGGGCGUCACUCCAGAAGCCGAUCGCUGUCCUCGGGGAGGAGAUCCUAUUCCCGCUCAUCCAGUUACUCGCUGGCUUCGCGGAGAGACAGUCUGUCGAGUGUGAGCAGCUGCCGCAGUCUGAAUCACUCACGAUGCACUACACACAGGUUUCGCGAGCGGAAAAGAUACUGCAGUUCCUGCAAGAGCAGAAAGCACAGCAGGAGGAGACCUUGUUCUCCGAUGAGAAAGAGGAGAAGGGAUUCUCCAAGCCAUCUGGAAGCCCGCAGAAUCACAAGUGCCAGAAAGAGGCCCAUCCCCUACUACCGUCCCAGUCCCUCCGUCAGCAGCCGGUCCUCCAGCAUCUUAUCCUGGCGUCUGUUUCCUCUCACCCGCAGUCGAACUCGCAGCCGGUCGUGCAGUCGCAGUCGCAGCCGCAGCCACACAUACUCUUCAUACAGGAGCUACAGUCGCAGCUCUUCCUGGAACUCUUUAUACAGCAGACGCAGCCGCAGUCGCAGCAGAAGCUACAGCAGAGCCCGACGCUGAUUUACGGAGGACACCCCACCAACCACGUCUUUCUGGAACUGCAAAGUGAAAUGGAGCAGCACUGAGAACAUGCUGUGCUCGGAUGCGGAACAGCAGGCGGUGACAGGAUCAUCUGUUCAGUGUCAGAUAAGACUGAAGCUUUCCAUAUUGUUGUGUACUAAACUGUGUGCUUUCAUCCAUCCCGUUCACAAGGAAAGGAAAAACACCAAUCACAAAAAGCCCGCUGGCGUAGGACGGAACAGACCAAAGGUUUCACUUCUGAGUUGUCCACCUUUUUCCACACUGCUGCUUUUCAAAUUAUGGGUUGCACUUCCGGUUUCCUUUGAAAACUUCCUGCUAAUAAUAAGGUUGCACUAGAAAUAGUAAACAGAAACUAAUCUGGAGGAACAAAACAAACUCAAAAGAGCUUUGGCCAUAGAUAUGAGAUAUUUGCUCACAGAUAUGAAAAUAUUUCUGUACUUUCUGCAUCAGAAUCAUGAACAGUUUAUGUAUUAUUACUGUCAUACAGUGUUCAGUCAAUGAGGACCAGGGUUGCUAGGUCCA